GGGUUGUUGAAGUUUAAUUCUGUGGGUGUGUGUGCGUAGCCCUCAUGUGCGCUGCUCGGAUGCAUCGUGUGCGUUCCACAGUGGCCCUAGCAUCGAUGCUACCCUCUCCAGCAUGAACUCUCACAUACAAAUCACAGAGUAACAUCCAGGGCUCACAGAGUUGACAUGGGAUGCACAGGGCCUUGGUAACGUGGACUCGGGAGCGAUCUCGCCGGAUGCUGAUCUCUUAGUGAGGUACUGUACGAUCGGCACAGACCUCCCACCAAAAACCCCCCAUCCUAUGCACAAUCCUUCCAGGGACCAGAACCCCUCUAACGCACACUUUUUGCACCACCGCCGCGCGCUACACAGAAACUAUCCUAUGAGAGCGAUAGGAUAUAAGUUUUGGAAGGGCCGGGACAUGCAUGUCGAGAUCAGUCGCUCGGGGAGUGGCCGAGUAUGACUAUCCAACUCUCGCUCCAAAAUCGAUAAACCUGUGAGAACGGGUAACUUACUCGCACCUGUGCCCAGUUGCUGUAUGCCGCUCUCAACACCCGAUAUUCAGCCGGUAUAACUGGGCCCUACUUCCGCCAAUCUCGCGGGUCUUCCGUGUUGUCCCCCAUAUUUAUCGCCCACGAUGAGAAAUCUCAAUCAAGUCCAAAACAUCCUAGCUUGCCCCUCCCACCCCAACUUUCUCAAAACUCCCCACAUUAUUCGAACUUCAUCGCUGAGGCGGUCCGCCUGCACCGAUUCGGCUGAUGCAUGGGCUAUAGCAAACCAGAUUGAGCCAAUUGAUUGCAGGCAGGCGCCUUUGAAUCGAGCCAUGGCCUCCUCCUGCCACCCUGCACUUGCUGACCUCUCGCCAGCCUCACCGUCACUUAGCCGGCAGGUUGCACUUUGCAUCACAGACCAUGUUCAACCGUCAGAUGCAUGGGUAUUGGUGGCCUCUAUAGCGGCGGAAGGAAACCACUUAAACUCCGUUUAGAAACAUUAGGUUUGAGAUAUAUCAGCACCAGAGGCAGCUGAUUAAAGCCUCUUUAUACUUCUUAAGAUCUGCUAUAUAUGACAAUCGGGGACCGCCUUGCCGUUUGUCUACCUUCAACGUCUCUCUGUGUCCAUGGUGCCUUACUUCUGAAUUCAACAUAUGCAAAGUCGUUUGUUUGUUAACAACUGCGCCUCCAUCCCACGUAAAAAUCCGGCUUCGUGGCUGUAUUGAUCGAAAAACCAGCCUCAGGAAUAAUGACGGAAAUCGUGGAUAUCCCGGCGCCGGUCGUAGAGGUGACGACUGUAGAGGUGGCGGCCGAGCUGACCUCCGAAUCCAUUGCUACCACGGCCAGAGGCUCCGAAGUCCACUCGCCGUCGAGUCACAGAACGGCUAGUACGCCGGCAUCCGAGUUGUCAUCUAUUGAGGCUCUGAAGGCAUUCAAGACAACAAAUCUCGGCGUGUCAAAAGAAAAUGCUCGGGCCAAGGCUGCUACGUUAUCACUGGUGGAACAGGUCUCGUUAUUGAGAGCCGCCGAUCACUGGAGGACCGUUGCAAUCCCAAACAAAGGCAUUGCCAAUAUCAAGACUAGUGAUGGACCAAACGGAGCCCGCGGGGCAGUCUUCAAGGCUGGCACAAGAGCAGCACUGUUCCCCUGUGGUGUUUCUCUGGCAGCGACUUGGGAUACAAAGCUACUCUAUGAAGUUGGACAGCACCUUGGAGAGGAGACCAAGGCUCGCUCUGCACAUGUCCUCCUGGCGCCAACAGUAUGCCUGCAUCGAGGCCCGCUCGGUGGCCGGAACUUUGAAUCAUUCUCAGAAGACCCUCUUUUGACGGGGAAACUCGCCGCGUCUUAUAUUAAUGGGCUUCAGCAAAAGGGGAUUGCUGCUACCAUCAAGCAUUUCGUCGCCAACGAGCAAGAGACUGAAAGACUGACGAUGGACUCGGAGCUCUCGGAGAGAGCUCUCCGUGAACUUUACCUUCGUCCUUUCGAAAUUGCUGUCAGGGAAUCUAACCCCUGGGCUGUCAUGUCCUCUUAUAACCUCAUCAACGGUGUCCAUGCAGAUAUGAACACUCACACCCUGAAAGAUAUCCUCCGCGGAGAAUGGAAAUAUGAUGGGUUGGUUAUGUCAGAUUGGACUGGAGUCAACUCUGUAGCAGAAUCCAUAGAGGCAGGCUGUGAUUUGGAGAUGCCUUACUCAGAUAAAUGGCGUGGAGAAAAGGCGGUUCAAGCUGUCAAGGAUGGGAAGCUAAGCCAAGACGCCGUAGAGAAGGCUGCUGCCAACGUAUUAUACCUAAUUGACCGUGUCCGAGGCCAAGACACGUCGCCUGAGGAGCCGGAAAGGGAAGAGGACACCCCUGAGACGAGAGAGCUAAUCCGCAGGGCCGGUUCCCAGGGAUUGACCUUGUUGAAGAAUAGGGGCAACCUCCUUCCGCUCGACGCCGAGAAGACAAAGAUUGCUGUCAUCGGACCCAACGCCAACAGAGCCAUUGCUGGCGGUGGUGGUAGCGCCAGUUUGAACCCUUACUAUAACACCUUGCCUCUAUGGAGCAUUCAAAGAGAGUCGAGUAAGGACGUCACAUAUGCUUUGGGCUGCGAUAUCUACAAAUGGAUCCCCUUGGCGACACCGUUCUGCAAGGCCCUUACUGGCGAGGAAGGAGUUACCAUUGAGUUCUACACCGGCGACAAGUUUGAGGGAGAGCCGACAGUGGUUCAAACAAGAACGAGCACAGAUCUUAUGCUGUGGGACUCUGCGCCUACGGAGGUCGGGAAUGUCUGGUCUGCCUAUGUCAGGGCAAAGCUUACGCCCAAGACUUCUGGAAAGCACAAGUUUAGCUUCUUUAGCGUUGGGCCCGGACGUCUGUACAUCGAUGGCAAGCUACUUGCGGACGUAUGGGACUGGACCGAGCAGGGUGAGACUAUGUUCGACGGCUCAGAGGAUGUCGUGAUUGAGAUUGAACUCGAGGCCGGCCGCACAUACGAGCUGAUGUCGGAACUCACCAACGAGAUCCGCCCCUUGUCGAAGCAGAUUGCCAUCGGCCGCACGCAUGGCCCCGGAGGUGUUCGCAUCGGAUACAAGGAGGAGGACAAGGUGGACCAUCUGCAGCAGGCCGUUGAUGCCGCCACGGAGGCUGAUGUCGCUAUUGUGAUUGUCGGUUUGGAUGCAGAGUGGGAGUCUGAAGGAUAUGAUCGUGCCAACAUGGAUCUACCCAAGGACGGCAGCCAGGAUCGCUUGGUCGAGGCUGUCUUGAAGGCGAACCCGAACACUAUCGUUGUGGUUCAGGCUGGCUCGCCGGUCACUAUGCCUUGGGCUGACAAGGUCCCGAGUAUCCUGCAGGCGUGGUACCAAGGCCAAGAAGCUGGAAAUGCUCUGGCCGAUGUUCUGUUUGGCCGUGUUAACCCCAGCGGCAAGCUUCCUACUACAUUCCCCGUCCGUCUGCAAGAUAACCCAACCUACCACUCGUGGCCAGGUGAGAACAAGAAGGUUAUUUACGGAGAGGGCAUCUUCAUGGGAUACCGCCACUACGAGCGCCUCGCCAUCAAGCCCCUCUUCGCUUUCGGCCAUGGCCUCUCCUACACCACCUUCACAUACGGCGACAUCACACUAUCCAAUACCACCCUGUCUGCCAACGAGAAGAUCACCGUCACCAUCCCGAUCACCAACUCUGGCAAGGUCGACGGCGCGGAAGUGGUACAGGGCUACGUCCACGAUGUUAAGUCGCGACUGGUGCGUCCGGAGAAGGAGCUGGCUGUAUUCGACAAGGUCUUCCUGAAGGCAGGUGAGACGAAGGAUGUCGUUCUCACGCUGGAUAAGCUCUCGGUUGGAUAUUACGAUACACGUCUCAAGGCCUGGAUUGCUGAGGAGGGCGAGUUCAAGAUUCUGGUUGGCUCAUCAUCCGCGGAUAUACGACAAUCGGCUACAUUCGACGUGGCUGAAUCGUUUACUUGGAUCUUCUAAGGGACCUAUAUUUCACAUAGAUUUUUUCUUUGAAUACCAGCGCCUGGAGACGGCGCAAUACCAUUAUCAGAUGUGAUGACCUCGUACUUUCCUUAUGAACGCCAGACUUACACCUACUAAGAAUGCGCAUGGAGUUAUUCAUAAAUGCAAUAUACGAACUACAAACGUGAAUUAUAGCCAUAUAUCGGUGUGCAACUUAUUGAGUGCUUGGCGUAUUAAUUACUGGCCAUUAAUGUCAUUAAUGUCUCCACAUUAGGGGUUGUCUAUUGAAUUACUGCG